AUGCAGCGUGGCUUGCCCGAACGACGAAGCAUCAAAGAUGUCAAGAAAGUAAUCGCUGUCUCGUCGGCGAAGGGCGGCGUGGGAAAGUCGACUAUCGCAGUCAACCUCGCUCUGGCAUUCGCCCGACGCGGUCUCCGCAGCGGAAUCCUCGACACAGAUAUUUUCGGGCCCUCGAUCCCAACCCUGCUGAAUCUCGCUGGCGAACCCCGACUCUCCUCAAACAAUCAACUCGUUCCACUUUCCAACUAUGGUGUCAAGUCAAUGUCUAUGGGAUAUCUAGUUGGAGAUGCUGCGCCUGUAGUAUGGCGAGGUCUGAUGGUUAUGAAAGCGUUACAGCAGCUGCUGCAUGAGGUCGACUGGGGUGGACUAGACGUCUUGGUUCUGGACUUGCCGCCGGGAACGGGAGAUACACAGUUGACUAUCACUCAGCAGAUAGUUCUCGAUGGUGCGAUUAUUGUCUCGACACCCCAAGACAUCGCAUUGAAGGAUGCUGUCAAGGGUAUCAAUAUGUUCAAGACGAUCAAGACACCUAUCCUGGGUAUGAUACAGAACAUGUCAUUGUUCCAAUGUCCGCAUUGUCAUAAUAGCACACAUGUCUUUGGCUCGAAGUCGGGAGUGACGCACGCUUGUGAGAAACAUGGGAUAGACUUUCUGGGAGAUAUACCAUUGCAUGCUAGCAUAUGCGAUGAUGCGGACAGAGGCAAGCCUACUGUUGUUGCCGAGCCAGACAGUAAUAGGGCGAAAGCUUUUGUAGCAAUUGCUGAACAAGUGGGGGCGAAGAUACACCUUUUCGAUUGA